AUGUCGACCUUCGUAGACCCGUUGGUAGUGGGGAGGGUGAUCGGAGAAGUGGUGGACAUGUUCGUGCCGUCCGUCAGCGUCUCCGUCCGCUACGGGGCCAAGCAUGUGAACAACGGCUGCGAUGUGAAGCCUUCCAUGGCCGUCGAUCCCCCCACGAUUGCCAUCUCCGGAAACCAUAAUCAGCUGUUCACUCUGGUGAGCUCCUCCCCCUCCCCCUUACUUUCGCUGUCUGAGUAACCGCUGGGGCUUGAUCUGGUUCCUGGUUUUCUGGUGGGCACAGGUGAUGACCGACCCGGAUGCUCCAAGCCCAAGUGACCCUACCAUGAGAGAGUGGAUUCACUGGUAGGAGAUACUCAAACAAUUGUAGUCCUCUCGAUUCCGAUUCCAUUGUGAUUCCAUUGACUGGGUUCUCUUCUCUGGUUUCCAUUGAUCUAAUAGGAUCGUGGUGGACAUCCCCGGUGGAACAGACCCCUCUCGUGGUGAGAAACCCCCUUCUUCUCUCUCCUGUUCUUUCUCAACGAUGAUGCCUAGAAAGCUUUCUCUCGUCUUCCGAAGAAGAUCUGAUCCAUUCGCCCAGAACAAGAUCCAUUAUUUCCUACUUCCUCACUCCUUGGGACGAGAUCCCAUGGCAGUCGUCGUCGUCGUCAUCAUCAUUGUCUUCUCCUUCUCCCUUCUCUUCCUCUGUCUGGAGGAGAUGAUGAUUUGGAGCUGUAGGAAACUAUGCAUGGCCCUUGCAUGCACUGGCGCAGUGCCUGGCUGGGAGAAAAAUGACGGGAAUGACCCUCAAGUGUCUUGACAGGCGUUUUCUGUUUUCUCAGGGAGGGAGGUGCUGCCGUAUAUGGCGCCUCGCCCGCCCGUGGGAAUCCACCGCUACGUCUUCGUUCUCUUCAAGCAGAUGGGCGUAUUUCCGCCGGUGCCGCCGCCGGCGCCGCGCUCCAACUUCAGUACCCGCGGCUUCGCCGCCCAGUUCGCCCUCGGCCUGCCGGUGGCGACUGUGUACUUCAACGCCCAGAAGGAGCCGGCCAGCCGCAAGCGCUGA